GCCAUUCAUCGUCCUCCUCAACAUGGCCACCACCAACGGGUCUACUAGAAAGCGCAUCGUCAUAUGCUGCGAUGGAACAUGGAUGGACAGCGACGGUGAUUAUCAAACGCCGAGCAACGUCACUCGAAUCGCCCGCGCCAUUCCACCAGUGGGAUUCGACAAGACCGUCGAUCCACCACAGGCCAUCCACCAGGUCGUCUUUUAUCAAAACGGCGUGGGCACGGGGGACAAUUCACUCUACAACAGGUAUGUCGGCGGUGCCACGGGUGAAGGGCUGGCCGAACACAUCCGAGAAGCUUACAGCUUCGUCGCCCUGAACUACAACGAAGGGGACGAGAUCUUUAUAAUUGGCUUCUCGCGUGGAGCCUUCACGGCCCGGUCGAUCUCGAGCUUGAUCAACGCCGUCGGACUGCUGACGUCCAAAGGCCUGGAGUAUUUUGUCCAGGUGUUUGAGGAUUGGGAGUUUCAGCAGAAAAAGGACUUUGUGACCAAGUGGCCCAACGUCCCAUUUUCCGGGCACAAGCCGCCCGUCACCGAUCCGCACUACCAACGGCAGUUGAUAGACAAAAACCUCACGAGGCCAAACAUCAAGAUCAAGUGCGUCGCCGUCUGGGACACGGUCGGUGGCUUGGGCAUUCCCAUGAUAGGUCUCCUCCCGCAACCUCCUAGCCGUGACUUUGCCUUCGUCGACACGCGAGUCGAGUCCAACAUCGAGUACGCGUUCCAGGCGCUGGCUCUCGACGAGCACCGCCGCGCCUACUCCCCGACCAUCUGGGACUGGCCGAGUGUCGAGCCCAACGAGCUCAAAGUCCUCAAACAGACCUGGUUCCCGGGAGUGCACAGCGACAUAGGCGGGAGCUACGACGACACGGCUCUGGCCAACCUCACGCUGGCGUGGAUGGUGUCGCAGCUCGACCCGAUCCUGACCGUCGACCAUGCCUACGUCUUUGCGCUGAUCGAGCCGCAGCAGCACCCGGGGAUAGGCAUCCCACGAGGCCAUCUGACCUUUACUCACGAAGGGUUGCCGAAACGCGUAGAAAACACCGCGCCGCACCCCGGCCGACCCUGGGGCAUGGGCAAGAUUCACAACAGCAUGACGGCAUUUUUCCGCUUGGGGGGUUCGCGCAUCCGCACGCCGGGGGAGUACCGCGAGGCCGAACUCCCUUCCCAACAGCACGGUACGCUCAUCUGGAUGUUUCGCAAGAUCGGCGGCAGGUUGUUUGGUGGUUUACUGAACGACGAAAACACCAAACGGCCCAGACUUCAUAGGACCAACGAGACCAUCCACGCCAGCGUGCGCAUCCGCCGCGGCAAGCACGGUUUUGGGUAUGACGACAAGGGCACGUACGACCCGCCAGCCCUCAAGGGUUGGAUGCUCCACGGUACCGAGACGAACCCGGACACGCCCAUCGCCCUCAACGCCCCAGGGCAGGUGGGCAAGAUGACGGGUGUCGUGUACAAAAAGGCAGUGUUCCCGGAAGUUCUCGAGAGUGGUGGAAAGGACAAGAAACGGGCGAGAGUGAAAGUUCUCGACGACCAUGACAAAAAGGAUACGCUCGAGUUGCGCGAAGAGCCUUUGGGUGCCUUUGAACGCCAGAUCCUUCAACUAUGGCCCGAUAUCCAGAGAGAUUUUGACAAUAUCGGGGCAGAAGGUGCGAGCGUCGAUCGGGCUCAGACCUAUCCCGUACAUCAACGUGCCGGGACACCUGGGACGGCCGGUGGUUUGAACGGAUUGAGCGUGCAUACAAAACUCAAUCAGCCUGGUAGGAGGAGCGAAACGACGUGAAGAGACUUCUUGCUUG